AUGGCGGCCAGCAGGCGGCUGAUGAAGGAGUUGGAAGAAAUCCGCAGAAGUGGGAUUAAAAACUUCCAAAACAUCCAGGUUGAUGAUGCUAAUUUAUUGACUUGGCAAGGGCUUAUUGUCCCUGACAACCCUCCAUAUGAUAAGGGGGCCUUCAAAAUUGAAAUCAACUUUCCAGCCGAGUAUCCAUUCAAACCGCCGAAGAUCAUAUUUAAAACGAAGAUUUAUCACCCCAACAUCGAUGAAAAAGGGCAGGUCUGUCUGCCAGUAAUUAGUGCUGAAAACUGGAAGCCAGCAACCAAAACCGACCAAGUGAUCCAGGACCUCAUAGCACUGGUGAACGACCCUCAGCCCGAGCACCCACUCCGGGCAGACCUAGCUGAAGAAUACUCCAAAGAUCACAAGAAAUUCUGUAAGAAUGCUAAAGCAUUUACAAAGAAAUACGGGGAAAAGCGGCCUGUGGACUAA